GCAGCAGCAGCAGGACUGAAGUGAAGAGAAAGUGAAAGUAGAUCUGCUUCCGCUCUGGAAGAUCAAACGGAGAGACGAUUAGAAGAUUUGUGGAUUAAAAGCUGAAACUCGCUCUUAUUAUUAUGAUCAGACUGUUAUCAGAUAAAAAGCUGAUAUGAGCUGCUUUAAAAUGUGGACAUAUUUCACCUGAAUCAGACAAAUGUCUGAGUGAAGAAGAUCAAAGUGUGUGUGUAGUGUGUAGUGUGUGUGUGUGUGUGUGUGUGUGUGUGUGUGUGUGUGUUGUAUUGUAUUUGACUGAAUCUACAGGAGGAGAUAAAGAUGGCGGCAGCUUUGAGUAACAGUGAGUUUAAACUCAUUGGUCCUCGUGGUGUAGAUGAACAGUCUGGUUCUGCUGCUACUCUCUCGUGUCUCCUGUCUCCUGAACUCAGUGCUGUUGGGAUGGAGAUCAGGUGGUUUAAGGGGACGAACUGUGUUUGUCUCUAUAAGAACAGACAGGUAACAGAGGGGAGGAGCUACGAGGACAGAGUGAGUCUGAUCACUCAGGAGCUGCAGAGAGGAAACGUCUCCUUACAGAUCAGAAACUGCAGAGGAUCAGAUACAGGAGAUUACCUGUGUCAGGUAACCAGCGGAGACACAACAGAGGAGUGUACUGUAAGAGUGGGGGUUGAGUAUUCCAGACCUUCACUCUACAUAAACUCAUCUUCAUCAUCAUCAUCAUCAUCUUCAUCAUCAUCAUCAUCAUCAUCAUCAUUAUUAUUCACAUCAUCAUCAUCAUCAUCAUCAUUAUUAUUAUUCACAUCAUCAUCAUCAUCAGAGUCUGAGAAUAAGAGAUAUGAAGAGAGAAAUCUCACUCUCACAACCACACUCUCACAACUACACUCUCACAAUCACUCAACACUAUCUGUAAUGAUCACUCUCACAAUCACACUCUCACAACCACACUCUCACAAUCACUCAACACUAUCUGUAAUGAUCACUCUCAUAACUACACUCUCACAAUCACUCAACACUAUCUGUAAUGAUCACUCUCACAACCACACUCUCACAAUCACUCAACACUAUCUGUAAUGAUCACUCUCAUAA